UCAUGAGUUUCGCCCGGCUAACUACAGCAAACUUUGCCGCGCGAGGUCACGCAACAAGGUGUUUAUUCCCAAGCAAUUAUGUGAAGUUACCCCCGCGUGCGCUGAUCCUCACACCCGAGACAUGCAGAGUCAACCAGGCGAGGCUUAGUGAUAGCCGAAGUCCUGUUCCACAGAGCGCCCCACGUCACUCAGAACCAGCCGCAGCAGUCCGACAUGUCAAGUGCGCAGUUGAGAUACGCCAUGAGCAUCAAGCCGAAGCCAAGUCCAGAACCGAGUCCGAGUUGCUUAACGACUCAGAGCCAUUCAUCGUUGAAGAAUGUAACGACGCCGAGACCGAGUUCAAGCAUAUUGACGGAUCGAGUCCAGAGGUGACUCGUGCAGUGUUGUGGUAUUUGAGUGACCCACAUGAGUUGUACAACGCUAGCCAAGACGUUGAAGCGCCCGGCAAUGCUAAGACGCCGCAUGCUGAGCCUGAGCUGGAUAAAGGCUAUA